AUAUCGGGGAUUUAGACGACAAUUCCCUCGGGAGGAAUUAAGAUUAAGAGAAAUUGAUAUCAUUCCGCCAUUGUUUUUGUUGGCUCGUGAGCGAAGUUAACGCGUAAAAGACCAUUCGGUGAAGUAAACGGCUCUGUCAUUGAGGUCUUCACGAUGUCGAUGAAGAUCCCAAAUAUAAGUUUGUUAUGGCUUUCGUUUUUAUGUUGGCAAUGCGGAGUGGCAAAUAGCCAAGCAGCAUARUGUGGUGGUACCCUAAUGAAAGCGUUUGGCUACCUUACGUCACCUAACUACCCAAACAACUACAACCACGACAGUGACUGUUCCUGGAUAAUCAGUGCAGCACGUGGUCACAAAAUAACCUUCAAAGUCACACACUUUCMUCUGGAAUCASACCGAUCGUGUGGCAAAGAUUACCUGGAGAUAUUCGAUGGACCAAAUCUCUAUUCACCAUCUCUAGGGCGGUARUGUGGUACGAACAAACCAUUACCAYUUACUUCGAGCACCAACAAACUUUACAUCAGGUUUAAGACGAACUCGGCCAAGGAAUUCAUGGGCUUCAGAGCCAUGUUCAACUCUUCUCUGGUCUGUGGAGGGACGUAUAAAAGAAGUCGUGGAUCUUUGUCUUCUCCAAACUCYCCACAUAACUACUACUCCAGCUCUGACUGUCUGUACAAGAUCGUCGUCCCACGCGGACACACCGUCAAAGUCAGGUUUACAAAGUUCUAUCUGGAACCAGCCCAAGAUUCCGGUCAAUGCUACGACUACGUCCAAGUGCAUGAUGGGAAGACCGUUUUGGCGCCAUCUCUCGGGAAAUUCUGCGGAAAUUUGUCACCAUUUACCGUACGAUCUACGUCUCACGUGAUCAUAGUUAGGUUUAUCUCAGACAAGUCCAUUAACAGGAAAGGCUUCCAGCUAACAUACACUGCAGAAGUUCCAGGAGGAAGCACAACACAACGGCCACGUGUAACCACACCCACUACGGCUGCUACUGUGUGCUUAUCCAUCGAGUUUCGCUGCGGGAAUGGUAAAUGUAUUGAUAGACGAUGGAAAUGCGACAGACAGGACGAUUGUGGUGAUCUGUCRGACGAAAGAGGAUGUCCAUGUCGGAGGUACCAGUUUAAGUGUGACAAUGGUCGCUGCACCGAUCGUAACUUUGUAUGUGAUGGUGCCGAUGAUUGUGGUGAUGGAAGCGAUGAAAAGAACUGCACCAAACCUACAACGCCUAGUGUUACAGUCAGUUGUUCUCGAGCGAACGGAGGCUGCGAGCACACUUGUAUCCAGUCCAUUGUUCGUGGCUCAGUGGCCGUGAGAUGCCAGUGUAAGCCUGGGUAUAAAUUGCAACCCGACGGAAAGAGUUGCAGAGAUAUCAACGAGUGCAGCCAAUCAAACAAGGUCUGUCAACAGAGGUGUCUAAAUAUCCCCGGCAGUUACGUUUGCGCAUGUCGCAGAGGAUACGCCUUGGAUCUUGAUAAAGUCACGUGUAAAGACAUUGAUGAGUGCAAGAUGAAAAACAACGGRGAUUGUGAUCACACUUGUAUCAAUAAAAAUGGAAGCUACAGCUGUGCUUGUAGACCUGGUUUUCAAUUACACAGUGAUGGCAAAAAGUGUUAUGAUAUUGAUGAAUGUUCAUUUGGUAAUGUGGGAUGUAGCCACUCAUGUAAGAAUUUACCAGGCGGUUUUCAGUGUCAGUGCCCACAAAGUUACACGCUUAGAGCCGAUAAUAAAACAUGUCAAGAUGUUAAUGAGUGUGCGGUGAAUAAUGGCGGCUGRGAGUAUAUCUGUGUCAACAUGCCUGGAAGUCACCGAUGCGAGUGUCCUCAAGGCUAUAUGCCUGACGUAAUGAAACCAACACAUUGUCUGGAUAUUAAUGAAUGUAUGGAAGGUAURCCAUCAUGCUUUAACUGCAUCAAUAAGCCGGGAAGCUACGAAUGUGACUGUGACCCUGGUUUCGUAGCCAACGUCAAUAAGACAGGGUGUCUUGAUAUCGACGAAUGUGCUGUAAACAAUGGAGGGUGUGGCCCUCACAAAUGUGUCAAUUCCUUUGGUUUUUUCCAUUGCGAGUGUCUUAAAGGAUAUAUAUUGAACAAAACAUCAAGAAAAUGUCAAGAUGUCGACGAAUGUGCCGUGAACGGUGGAACGGGAGACUGCCAACACCUGUGCAUUAAUACCGUGGGCUCAUACCAGUGUGGAUGUCGUGCUGGUUUCAAGCUUCAAAACGAAAGACAAUGUGUCGAUAUUGAUGAAUGUGCAUCGGCUUCUAUGAACAAAUGUCAACACAACUGUACAAAUACUGUAGGAAGCUUCAUUUGCUCGUGUAAGACUGGAUACCACAAGGCUAUCGACGGACAUUCUUGUAACAAGAGAAAGCUGGCCCCCGGKUGUGGUGUUGCGRUAAAGGCAAAGACACCAAAACGCCGAGGUUGGCAAGACGCAGUGUCGGGAAGUUGGCCAUGGAGUGUUUUGCUUCAUUUUGAGUCGUUUGGCGAUAUUGAAGGCUGUAUGGGCACAUUAAUUGACAAAGACUGGAUCUUAACGACUUCACACUGUGUUCACCUUGGCCCUUACAAGAUACAGCCACAGUUCAUUAAAGUAGAGCUUGGRGCARAUCUCCGAGGCGAAGGAAAGCCUAACCCCACACUACUAAACGUCAAGCGAAUUGUCAUCAAUAAUAACUUUAAAGCUGAUUUGAAUAUGUUGUCAUCGAACAUCGCAAUGUUACAAUUAUCUCAGSCAGUAAACUUCACAGAAAAUGUGUUGCCUAUUUGUCUUCCUACGAGACAGGAAACCCGCAGCUUAGUAACCAGACGAAACAAAGGCGUUAUAAUAGGAUGGGGCAAGAAUGUCAAUCAUAAAAURCAUGGCAACUUGAGACAAAACCUUGUGACGKUGACCCGUCGACAUCGCUGUUCGUGGGCUCAGAGYACGUACGACAGCAGUAAGCUACUAUGCGCUGGGUAUUCCAGCAYUCAAGUCACGUGRAUAAGCGACAGUGGAUCGCCUCUCAUGUUUUCUACCAAGCAUGCGCAGAAUCCUCGUUUGAAGAGGUGGAUUAUGGGUGGAAUGUUGAGCUGGGGUUUGAAUACGUUUUCCAAGAGRUGCCAUAGAGAUUACAGUCAUACUGCCUAUGUGAACAUUGGUAGUUACUUGAAAUGGAUCAGGUCAAACAUGAAGGCCCAUCAAGGUUCUUGAACUUAAUACACGAACAAUGUCGUWSAAAAACGUGAAGAGAAACUGCUUUGCUUCCAAAAAUGAAGAGUCAAAUCUAUUAUAGAAAUAGCUUUCGGGAUCUAUAAUUGAUCUUCUAUUUUUCAUACUAAACAUAGAUUUCAAGAAACUUGCUCAACUUUUUCCACACAGGAAAUACCGARCAUGACAACWAAAUCGCCAAAUAAUAAAUAAGACAUGCACGAUCAACAGUGGAAUAUUGCAAAGUUAUGGAAUGCAUUGUUUUCUAUUUUCGUUUUAUCAAGUAUGUGUGGUGUAUGAUCCACUGUGUAGCAUAAAGCGAUGCUUAUUUGCUAUAUAGCUAUAGAGGGUACCUCGAAAUACAUAUAUACACAUAGAAACUUAAUUCAUAAAUGUAUAUGACUAUACCUGUAGUGCCAUAAUAAGAAAAGCCAGAAAGACUACCAUAAAUACUGUCGUAUUCUUCUGAACGAUCAUUCUUAACGCAGCAAUUCUGUCUGAUUCUUUGACCAAUUAAAGGGACAUUAUCCACCAGCAUCCCUUUCGAGCUUUUGCUCAUGUUUGAAAAUAAAAUUACAUCAUAAUAUAAGCAAAAACUUACUCUUUAUUAUCCCUUUAUGCUAUAUGAAUGGAGAUGCUGUAUAAGAUUCGACCUUUUGAAAACCCGAUGGAUGGAAACAGAUUGCGAGUGGAUAUUCGAAGUCACCUCAUUUUCCAUAUAUGAAAAAUCUAAAACACGACCGCAUUGCAUGCUGGUGGACCAUGUCCCUUUAAUAACCUCGAAGAGGCUUCAUGGCAAGAAAAUGUGUGUAACCAAAUACCGGAAUAAAGUUAUUUUUGUAGGCAUCGUCUAGCUAUUUUAAAAUAAUAUUUAUUCUUAUUUACUAAUAAUUGUAGAUAAUUAGUGUUAAAACUUUUGAGGGAACUCUAGCGGGAUAAAAUUUCUUAGCUGACUUACACACUUUGAAACCCCCAUACAAACACGUUAGUAUGGAUUUAUACUGUAGUUUGGAAGUUUCACCAAAUAAACCAUAACAAGAAACAAGACGUAUAAUAAACUCAGUUGUGAUUGAUUGUAGGAAACAUUGAGAUUUUUGAUUCUAUAAUAAAAGCCUUACUCUG